AUGGGGUGCUGUAAGUCGAAAGUGAAGAAUUUGGAGUCCAACGGUGCGCUAUAUAAAAGCGCCCCGCACAUCAUGUUUGUUGGCCCUCCUGGAGUAGGAAAGACAACGCUUCUCUUCCGCAUAGUUAUGCCAGGAUGGACGGAUAUCAUACAAGGCAUGGAGCCGACGAAAGCGUUCUACCACGAAGUUGUCGUCCGACGUGGACGCACUCUGCAUCUCUGGGACUUCUCGGGCAACCCCGCGCUGCAGAGGUCGUGGAACGGGCUGUACCGGUACGUGAAGAUGUGGGCGGCGGUGUACGUGGUGAGUCUGACAGACACGAAUCCGGAGCGCAUCGCGAGGAACCGCGCAGAACUGCGUGCGCUGCUCUCCGACGACUGUCUCUGCGACUCGGCAAUUGUGGUGGUGAUGAACACCUUCGGCAUGGGGAUUGACUCGGUGCCUAUUCCCCCGCCGGAAAUGGCUUCGCGCCUCGGACUGCUCGAGGCCGAAGACACGGCUGCUGCGUCGCGGCUUGCCUGGUUCGUUGUCGACGCGAAGGAGGGGGAAGGGGACGCUCAGUUUCAGGAGGCCGUGAACUUUCUGUUUGCUCACUUCGCAAAAAUGGAGGCAGUCAAAGAAGACGGCAGCCGCCCCCAAAAGAAAAAGGGGAAGGCGAAAAAAGCUAAAAAGUAG